GAACAUUUCUGGCAUUGUUGGAAACAGCAGAACUGCUACAGCUGUCUAGAUCAAAGUGCUUGCAGUUGGUGUCCCUUUUCAUGGACUUGCGUCCCGAAUUCGAACCGUAUUCCACUCCUUGCACCCGCCGAAGACAAGAACGUGUGUCCCCAUUGGGCCGAACGGUGGGAGAUUCGCACACGGCCGCUCGGAUGCCAGGUUUCGACAAUAACCACAUUGACCGCACUCGUAUCGAUUUUUUCCACGUUAUUCGUUGUCGUGUUGACCGUA